GGGGUGGAGCUAGCUAGCUAGCUAGCUAGCCGCUUUGAAGUUUUGACUCUAAAGACGCGAUAAGAACGAUUCAUAAGGAUCACCUGACAACCUACAGGGGCUCGUCCUCACAGUGGUUUGGGCUUCGGUGCCUUUUGGGUUGUGUUUCCUCCCUAAUAAUAAUAACAAUAAGUUGUUGCAUUGCACAUGUUUUAAUAAUGCAACAUAACGCCGCUGAGUUACCUCGUCAGCCCCAUUCAUUCUCCCCCCCGUGUGUCCACCACCUGACCCACACGGUGGCCAGCUGCCACCUGCAGCAGCGGGCCGGUGGGUGGCGGUCAGAGAGCUUCUCUUCAAACCAGUGACUGGUUGAUGUUUUUGCUGAUGUGCUGCUCGAGACAUUCAGAGACAUGUUGACAGUUUGUAAGGUCAAUAAGUCGAGGGGGGCAGGUCUGGGCUCCAGAGGGUUCGACUGCUUUUAAAUGCCUGCUCUCUGCACGUUUCUGUGCAGCUUUGCUCAGCAACAUCUCCGACUGCGAUGAGACCUUCAACUACUGGGAGCCUAUGCACUACCUGCUGUACGGCACAGGGAUGCAAACUUGGGAAUAUUCUCCACUGUACGCCAUCAGAUCUUAUGCCUACUUAUGGUUACAUGCUCUUCCUGCUUGUUUGCAUGCCCAUGUUCUACAGACAAACAAGGUGCUGGUGUUCUACUUUGUACGAUGUGUCUUGGCAUUCUCCUGCUGUGUCUGCGAACUCUACUUCUACAAGGCAGUUUGUAAGAAGUUUGGCUUGCAUGUGGGCCGUCUGAUGUUGGCAUUCCUCGUCCUGGGCACAGGAAUGUUCUGCUCAUCUGCAGCUUUCCUACCUUCCUCUUUCUGUAUGUAUACAACGCUGGUCGCAAUGACAGGGUGGUUUCAGGACUCCACGCCGUUAGCCAUUGGGGGUGUGGCUGCCGGUGUCAUCGUUGGAUGGCCGUUCUCUGCUCUGAUUGGGGCUCCGAUUGCCUUUGACCUGCUGGUGGUAAAGAGGCAGUGGAAAGGUUUUAUCACCUGGUCAGCCAUUGCUCUACUUCUGCUGCUGGUCCCCCUGGUGGCGGUGGACUCUUUCUUCUAUGGCAAACUGGUCAUCGCUCCGCUCAAUAUUCUGUUGUAUAAUGUCUUCACACCACAUGGACCUGAUCUGUACGGUACAGAGCCGUGGCAUUUCUACUUUGUAAAUGGGUUCCUGAACUUCAAUCUGGUGUUUGCUCUGGCGCUGUUUUCACUUCCACUCACUGCUCUCAUGGAGACACUGUUACAUAGGUUCAAUGUGCAGAACCUGGGCCGUCCUUACUGGCUGACUCUGUCUCCCAUGUAUCUGUGGAUGUUGGUUUUCUUCACCAGACCUCAUAAAGAAGAGCGUUUCCUUUUUCCCAUCUACCCUCUCAUCUGUCUCAGCGGGGCAGUAGCCCUCUCUUCUCUACAGAAAUGCUACCACUUCCUGUUCCAGCGAUACAGACUGGAGCAUUACACGGUUUCCUCCAACUGGUUGGCUCUAAGUGCCGUUGUGGUCUUCACAGUGUUGUCACUGUCUCGCUCUGUCGCCCUAUUUAAAGGCUACCAUGGCCCUCUGGACCUGUACCCAGAGUUCCAUCGCAUCGCCAAGGAUCCCACUCUUCACUCAGUCCCUGAAGGCAGACCUGUCAGUGUAUGCGUGGGCAAAGAGUGGUACCGCUUCCCGAGCAGCUUCCUACUGCCGCACAACUGGCAGCUGCAUUUCAUCCAGUCUGAUUUUAAGGGGCAGCUGCCUCAGCCGUACGCCUCCGGUCUUCAGGCCACACAGAUCAUCCCUGAUAAUAUGAAUGAUCAGAACCUGGAGGAGCCAACUAGAUAUGUGGACAUACGGCAGUGCCACUACUUAGUCGACCUGGACACAGAUGAAGAAACGCCGCUUGAGCCACGUUAUUCAGCCAACAAGGAGGAGUGGAGCAUCAUCGCCUAUAAGCCUUUUCUUCAAGCAUCAAGGUCAUCUCCACUCUUCAGGGCUUUCUACAUCCCAUUUAUAUCAGACCAUCACACCACCUACAGGCGCUACGUCAUCUUGAAACCGCGGCGACAAAAGCAGCCUCGCAAGCGUACCCACGGCUGACCUUUGAACCGCAGCGUGGCCCAAAAUCCUGACAACAGACAUCGAUCACUUCCCCUCAACACAGCUAGUAUUCGUGUGUGAUUGUUGGACCUGUGUGCGUGCAUGUGUUUGUCUCAUGAAACAUUUGAAGAUAACGGACCCUUUAAGGACAUUGUGUGUGUGUGUGUGUGUGUGUGUGUGUGUGUGUGUGUGUGUGUGUGUGUGUGUGUGUGUGUGUGUGUGUGUGUGUGUGUGUGUGUGUGUGUGUGUGUGUGUGUGUGUGUGUGUGUGUGUGUGUGUGUGUGUGUGUGUGUAACUGAAUGUAUUAUAGUGGAUGCACACUACAAGAUUUUACAUGUAUUUAUCCCAGGACAAACCAUUACACACAAGUGUUUUUUUGUUUUUUUUCAUCCAUUACUUGAAAAUGUGGCCUAAAGGAUUUUUCUGAAGAGUUAAUCUAUGAAAUCUUGUAGUGUUUGCUCAUCUGCACUUGACCAGUCUCUUAUUGUGUGUCCUGUUGGGUGCGAGUCUGGAGAUGAAUAAUGAUGGGCGGGGGGGUGUAAUUAAUUUAAGAUGGCAUAUUAAUAAAAUACAACUGACUCUGAAUACAA